AGCAGGUAGACUACGUACGCAUUUUAAAUCGUUUGCUGAAUGCUCUUUAAAAAACAAUUUCCGGCUUAAUUUUUUCACCCCCGCUGCCCUAGUUGAACGCAACAGGCUGUAGCAACAAUGUGGUGUCUGACCGCUGAAAAGCCGCACCACCUGUAACUGCAGCCUCACACUUCUUUAACCUCCGUGGCAACUCGUGCUCCUCAUGCCGACACCGAGGAUGAAGAAGCAGAACGUGCGGACCCUCUCACUCAUCCUCUGCAUGUUCUCUUAUCUGCUGGUCGGCGCCGCGGUGUUUGACGCACUGGAGUCCGAGACGGAAAACUCCCGCAGGCGCAUCUUGGAGCAGAAGCGCAGCGAGAUGAAGAGGAAGUACCGCUUCUCCGAGGAUGAUUACCGCGAAAUCGAGAGAGUGGUGCUUCAAGCGGAGCCCCAUCGUGCCGGGAGGCAGUGGAAAUUUGCUGGUUCCUUUUAUUUUGCAAUUACGGUCAUAACAACCAUAGGGUAUGGACACGCUGCACCAGGAACAGAUGCAGGAAAGGUCUUCUGCAUGUUCUAUGCUGUUCUCGGCAUUCCUCUCACUCUCGUGAUGUUUCAGAGCCUGGGAGAGAGAAUGAACACCUUCGUCCGUUACCUUCUCCAUAAGGUGAAGCAGUGCAUGGGUUUCAGACGCACUGAGGUUUCCAUGGAAAACAUGGUCUUUGUGGGCUUCUUGUCCUGCAUUGGAACUCUAUGUGUGGGAGCCGCAGCCUUUUCCCACUUUGAGGGAUGGAGCUUUUUCCAUGCUUACUAUUACUGCUUCAUCACCCUCACCACCAUUGGCUUUGGGGACUUUGUGGCCCUGCAGAAAAAGGAGGAUCUCCAGGAGAAAACUCCUUAUGUUGCUUUCAGCUUCAUGUACAUUCUGGUGGGGCUGACUGUCAUUGGGGCUUUUCUUAAUUUGGUGGUUCUGCGUUUCCUCACCAUGAACACAGAGGAUGAGAGACGUGAUGCUCAGGAGAGAGCUUCACUGAAGAGGGACAAGGGUCUUUUAGAAGGGCCGACCAGCCUCUGUGUUGUAGGGGAACAGAGUAGAGACAGUCGCAGGGAGAGGAACAGGAACACCUUGAAGCACAGCCGCAGCCACAGUACACUCUUCCUCCCUAUGCAGGAGGGAACAAGUCGCACCAACCUUAUCCCUUCUCCAGCUGAGGACACAGAGAGACAAGAAAAUCCCUGUAGGCACAGGCUGCAUUUUCAAAUCAAGAAAGGAAGGCAAAGGGAGGAGACAAGCUUCAGCUCCCUCUGUUCCUCUUGUGUGUGUUACCAAUCAGAGAUUUGUGACAGCCCUAUGGUGAACCGCAGCAAACACCAUGGAGGCCACAUUAACUCAGUUUACUACAACUCAGUGUCUUAUAUGAUUGAAGGCUGCUCAUCAAGAUCCAGGGACAAUUUUGGACUCUCUUCCCCUGGAAGCACAUUAUCGCCUGAGCACAGCUUUCCGGAGUUCUCAAGUUUAAGGCGAAAUUCAGUGUAAAGGGCAUAGUUGAAGAGGAAAAGUCUGCACAGACUGUAAGCCUCGUUUAUUGAUUUUUUUUUGCGCAUGACAGAAGUCUGUUUCUUCUGUUUCUUCUUGUAGCUAUCGGAAACUGAUUUUAUUUCUAAAGCAAGAAUGUCCUUCCUCUUUGUUACAGUAAACAAUAUAUGUUGUGAAUUUUGCUACUUUCUUUGCAUGUGCCAAUGCAUGCUAAAAAGAAUGUAAAGCACUCAAUGUGAAUGCAUGAGAGCUAAGUAAAAACUGGUUUUAUUUGCUGAAUCUCAUACAGAGAUGAACACUUUAUCUGUAAAUUUGGGCUUGUACAUUCUCUGCAAGAAUGAAGAAGUUCUUAAAUUUUCUCAAGUGGUUAGAAUAAGAACAUGGUUGGAUCUACUCAGGACAUAUUGGACUUCAAAGCACGCUCGAUUCCGAAACCACUACUGUUAGGGGUUUCAGACUUGAGUGAUAGUAGAAACUUUUCAAUAUUUCCUCUUUCCUUCCUUAUCUACUACAGUUUCUGGCCCAUCAAAAACAGUUAAUGAACAAAAAAUGCAUAAAACGUUUAUUUUCAGACCAAAUGGUUGGAAAAUCCUAUAAAACCUCAAAAACUUACAAAGGCAGAGCACAUUUGAUAAUUUUUCAGAGUUUGUUUUGGUCCUUAGACUGGAUUCACACUUAGGUAAUAAAAAACACAUGAUGUCAGACUUGACUUAUACUUUAAUUCAUACUCAUGCUUUGAUUCUCAAUUCUCAUUUAAUCUCGAGUUAAAGUUUACCCAUAACAGGAAAUCAUUUAUUUUAAUUAUUAAUAAUUCCCCCUGAGAGUUUCAAGUU